AAAAAAAAAAAAUUAUCGAUCGCCCCGAGUGCUGUCCGCAUGAGAAACAGUGUAGUCCCUCCUGCAGCAACGACUGGUUCGUCGCCAGGAUAAUUUCACAUUGUUUCUGACUGGACAUCACACCGUUUAUCAUGUCUAAAAGACCAGCAGACGCUUCUGAGGAGCAAUCAGCUCCCCUCAAGGCCGGAGAACGGCCUAUCGCUGAUGCCCCUCCCGACGAGCGCGGGGAGUACGAGGACGAGUUUGAAGACGAAUUCGAAAGUGAAGAUGAGAUUUUCGAGGCUGGAGUAGAUGGACGGCCAGAUGCAGAGCGGGAAGCGGAAGAGGAGCAGGAUGCCAUGGAGGUUGAUAAACAGAUAUUUAUUCCGGGUCGGACGAAACUGGCACCGGGCGAGACCCUUGCACCGGAUCCGUCUACCUACAACAUGUUGCAUACCCUCAGCACACCAUGGCCGUGUUUGUCCUUCGACAUUGUCCGAGAUUCCCUAGGUGAUAACCGUCAGACGUACCCAGCAACCGUAUAUGCUGUAGCUGGCACACAGGCCGAGAGCUCGCGAUCGAAAGACAAUGAGCUGAUGGUCCUCAAACUAAGUGGGCUGAGUAGGAUGGAGAGAGAGAACGACAGCGACUCCGACAGCGAAUCUGAUUCCGACGAUGAUGUGGGAGAGCCUAUCCUCGAGUCAAAAUCUAUCCCUCUGAACUCAACGACGAAUCGAAUCCGUGUCCACCAAACACCUUCACAGUCGGGGGAUUAUUCCAAACCCCCGCAGACCAUAACGGCUAGCAUGCUCGAGAACUCACAAGUACUUAUUCACGAUGUUACGCCUCACCUGGCAAGCUUCGAUGUCCCUGGAACAGUGCUUGCGCCGUCAGCCUACAAACCGUUGUCUACUCUUCGUAUGCACAAGACCGAAGGAUACGCACUGGACUGGUCACCAUUGCAUCCGCUUGGCAAGUUAUUGACGGGAGACAAUGAUGGAUUGAUCUAUGUUACUACACGCACGGAGGGCGGUGGAUGGGUAACGGACACACGACCAUUCGUCGGUCACACGUCUUCAGUAGAGGAGCUACAAUGGUCGCCAAACGAGCGAAAUGUUUUUGCAUCCGCCAGCAGCGAUGGGAGCGUGAAGGUCUGGGAUGUACGGUCCAAGUCGCGCAAGCCAGCCGUGGAUGUAAAGAUAUCCAAGACGGACGUGAACGUCAUGAGCUGGUCCAAACAGACAUUCCAUCUGCUCGCAACCGGCGCUGAUGACGGACAGUGGGCCGUCUGGGACUUGAGGCAUUGGAAACCCAGCUCCUCGGCACCUUCAUCACAGAUCCGGCCAUCACCUGUUGCCUCAUUUGACUUCCACCGGGAACCUAUUACGAGCAUUGAGUGGCACCCAUCCGACGACAGUGUGGUCGCCGUGGGUUCGGCGGACAACACGGUCACGCUUUGGGAUCUAGCCGUAGAACUGGACGAGGAAGAGAUCCGCCAGAGCAACCUGGCCGGUGUACCACCGCAGUUGCUUUUCGUGCACUACAUGGAUUCAGUUAAGGAGUUACACUGGCAGGCGCAGAUGCCUGGUACUGUCAUGGCCACUGGAAGCAGUGGAUUUGGGGUUUUCAAGACAAUUAGUGUGUAGAUAACGUCAAUAUAAAUCAGAAGCAUGGAAGAUUUCUAUGAGUCAAUACUGUUCGACAGGCUGUCACGGAAAGGAUAGUGGCUGUCGUAUAAAAAGUAUCUAUCCCUAGCUUAAAAUUAAGUCUCAGGUCCAAUGCAUUCAUCUGUGAGAUUAAAAGAAUUUCCAGUCCUGAACAUCUAACGACCUGUUUUAGUAGUGCGCUGUCUAGAACCUGUAACUCGUAGGGUUAUUCUUGAUACCCAGUUUACACGCGCG